CCUACCAACCCACCGCCCAUCAUGUUUUCACCAGAGGCUUCCAUCCAGAGUGCGCGCAGCUCUCUGCGCAAUCCCCGACGGCGCCAGCGCAAGGACUCGGACGGCCCCCAGCAACAGCGAAGCCGGAAGCGCAGUAAGCUCAACGACGACACGUUCAAGGACCCAACCGACGCGCAUAUCAAUGGCAACGGAAGCGCCCUGAUGAACGGCCAUGCGGUUCAGAGCGUGGAAAACUCGGUUGUGCUGGUCGACAUGCCUGUCCGCGAAAAGAAGACGGCGCCUAAGCAGCGCGCGCCCAAGGAAGAGACUGGCUCAUAUCUUACAAAAAACGUGAACUACAGCGUCAAGAAACUCCCCGGCUUUCCGUCAGCGCUUCUCCGCCCAUCCACCCCGAUAUAUGCGACCGCCCUCCCAUCCGCCGGUCUUGCGCUCGCCCUGACGUCUGAUAGAGCCCUCGUCUGGGACUACAACACCCCCAACGGCCCUACCAAGGUUCUAUCCCUGAACCUGGGAUUCGGUCUGAGGCCAUCCGAGCCGCUGCCACUAGGUGCCAUCGUUCGCAACGGGCCCACAAACGACUUUGGCGUCGUCGCACUGGCGCCUUCGACAGGCAAGAUCUGCUUCUGGGAGAAUAUCGACAGCGCCGACACCCGAAGUCUCUAUCCUCAGCGCCAACAAGGGGUGGAGGGCUUUGUUAAACUAUACUCUGGCGAAACCAUAACCGAUCUGGUCGAUGUCGAGCACGCGGGCCAUGUCCUUGUCUUCAGCAGCGGCAGGCUAGCCCAACUCACCUUGCGCGACUCACAAGGCAGGCCGAACGUGACAACCACAGUUUUAAGCGCACCCAACAGUUCGGGAAGCAGCUUUUUCAGCCUCAAGGGUCUCCUCGGAGGAUCGGUUCGCAAGACUAUUGCUUCGGUCAAGGCGCGCACGUCGCAGUCAAAGGGUCACAUGGACGUGGUCUCAGCAACAAAGAACGGACUCUUCCAACUUUGGGACUUGAGCUGGUCAGGACAACACACGCAUCAACGGGAUAUAGAUGUACACGAUGCGGUAUUGUCGACACUCCAAGUAGACACAGUACCGGAGAUACGCAGCCAGCAGGAUGUGCAUGUGUUGGAUUUUGCCAUUACAGAGCAGCAACAGAGCCAGGACACUAUUGAACUGCUAGUUUUGGUGGCCCUGUCCGGCCGCGACUCGCUGGACUACUUCCUCGUCGAACUGGAACUCUCAGCAGCCGGAGGCGCAGUCCAAAAGGUGAUUCCACUUCGCGAUUUCCAACAACCCCAGCUGCCAAAGGAGCCCACCGGAACGCUUUUACUCCCGCAACCCGGACACACCGCAUAUGUGCAGUUCCCAGGCGCAGUGUGUGUCGCGUCCCUUGUUCAACCGGAAGACAGCCCUGAAGCACAGCUUCUUGCAGAUAGUGGACGACUGAGCGUGCCUUUCCAGGACACCGUGUACUUCCGUUCAGAUGUAACCAUCUCUGGCCAUGCCCUUGAAAUAGGACUACGGAAAGACAGGCGGGCGGCCGCACUUAUCUUUGUGCAGCAGUUUGGACUGGUGCAGAUUAGCACGUCGUCACCAACGGACGAGCAGAGUCGGGAGCGCAUAAAGGUCACGGCGCAGAGCAAGCUGGAGCAGGCAACAUUCUUCAGCACCAUUCCUGGUAACAUUAUUGAUUUUUCAGUCAAGUCUCGCUUCUCCUUCUCGGAAGAGGAGACUGCAGAAGCAGCCCUUGCCAUCAGCGCUGGUAUUUUGAGCUCAUCCUACGACUAUCUCGAAAAGACGAUUUCGAACAUGGACGAACAAUUCCAGCAACGCACCACGGCUCUCCAAACCCUGAUCUCUCAACUACAAACCCAGUAUCCGCCCUUGUCUUUUGACAAAAAAUGGCAGCUGCUGUGGCAUGCCGAAAAGCUAGCCGCUGCGCACAGGCUGUGGAACUGGUACCAGGACAAACUGCAGGAUCAGCAGGCUCAUCCAGACGCAUAUCCCGAGAAAAUCCUGAUGGGCGAUAUCGUCAGGGCUCUAAAUGAGCGCUACAAGACGGCUAUCAAUCCAGAGCUUGGCGAGACUGAUACCAUCCGACAGUUUUUCCUCAAGGACGUCGACUCUCUCCACGUUCUGAUUCCUUGGGGUUGGUUCUAUCUGCGAACCUUCUAUAUGAAAGAGGGCGCAAAGGAGCAGCCAUCGAUCAUGCAAAGGCUUAGCGAGGGUACUGAUGUUAUGCUUGUCGCUUUGGAGACUGCAUUUGAGUUCCGGCAAGCCAAUGUUGAAUUGUACGGACUCGACCCAGACUGUCUCCGUGACGGCAUUCUCAACCCCGAAGAGGGCUACGAUAUGCUCCCCCAAUUCUGGACGUCGUCGCACAAUAUCGUCAGCUCGAUUCGCAGUCUUAUCGAUGUCGGCCGUAAUCUUGCCGUGGAGAACUACGAAGAAGGUUACCAGGAGAUUCUUGCGCAAAAAAUUGGCAAAGACAACCCACGUCUAGUCAAGUUGGGCUGCCAGACGCAUAUCGAACGCUUCCAAUGGGCUCUCGCGCAGAGUGACGAAAAGACACGGGCCAUGGGCCGUAGCCUGAAAGACGAAUGGAACAACAAUGUCCGGCCAGCGCACAUUAUGGGCCUAAUGGAGAUUGGGCUCGCAACAGAGGGAAUGAAGCUUGCUGAGCAGUACCGGGACAUGCCUACACUUGUGAACCUCAUCUGGGAGGAGUCGAACUGGCUCGAAUCGGAAAAGGCAAACACGCGCAGCAAGAUGGAGCAGGCAGAAAGCACGGUCAAGCUCAACCGGAUAAAAGAGCGCAUUUCUCGGUACUUUGACCUGUACGGCGACGAAUGGGCUGGAGCAUUCUACAACAAAUACAUCAGCGAGAACCAAGCGGCGCAGCUGUUCAUGAAGGACUACCUCAACCAACCAGCGCUUACCAAGUUCUUGCGGUCUGAGCCUUCGCGAGUGCGGCUUGCGUGGAUCAACGAAGUGUGCGGCGAGCACGACUAUGAAGCCGCGGCCGAGGCUCUGUUCGAGGCUGGGUCGAAGCAGGAGACCAACUCGUGGUGCCAGCGUGUGGAGUUGUCCAUGGCCAAGCUCGCCCUACUCUGCAAGAAGGAGGUGAAGCAGGACGACGACCAACAAGCAGUGGUUGAUGCACGCCGAGAGAAGCCAAAGGCGCUGAAGGUGCGCGAAGCCAUGUCGCAGAGCAUCGAGCAGCAACUAGAGUACACCAAGAUUCAAGAGGAGGUGUACGAGCGAUUGCUGCCGGUAAUUACAGGUGCUCUGGAUGCGGACUCUGCCGUGGAGCUCUUGAUGAACGAGUUUGGGCAAGGCCGUCUCAAGGAUCGAUCAGCACACCAAGCGAUCCUCCGGGAGGGCUUUGAGAGCAUCGUCCAGCACAAGGUCAUUGAUCCGGCACUCAUGAUUGACAUUCUUACGUUGAUGAACGCGCAUGACAGCGAGAAUGGCACUACGCUGCUAGGCGGGGACGAGUUCACGUAUGCCUUGAGAGUUCUCGUUGUGAGCUGGCAUAACAUUCACCGCACAACACGCGAAGGGCUACUGAAGCUUGUAUGGAAACGGCUGGCUAUCAAAGACGACUGGGCAACGAUCAACAAGACAAGGGACAUUACGGAUGCGACGAUCAAUGAUGUGCUGCAGGAUACUGCCGUAUCAUGGACGUUCCGGGCGCUGUUCAGGAUGUGCUCUGAGAACACACUGGCCAGAAUCGUAUGGCCCAAGAGCCUCCGGGACCUAGUAGGCGCUGGGGGUACGCACGGCGAGCUUUGCGUGCGGUUUGCUGCCGAGGAUCUCCGCGAGCCUAUUAUCCGGGACAACCUGCUGGAUGAUGAUAUUCUGCAGGAGCACCUGGAUAAGAACCGGCUCAGCGACUGGUUCAAGGCAGCGUGGAAAGCGGGCAAGGCCAUGUACGACGAGGAGAUGGCAUUGGAGGGCAAAGCGCAAGCCGUGUCUCCGGCAGCGCAGCUGGGCAGUAACGGAGCGCUGGCAGACGGCGAGGCAGAGGCAGAGCAGGAGGGCGCUGGCGCCGAGGGGUUUGACGGAGACGACGAGAGCGCCGUGUUGGAGGAGCGGGAUGUCGAGAUGCUAGGCUCAUGAGGAGGUGUGGCCAACCACUAUUGAUUUCGUAUUCGGAUGUUCAUCGGGCGCGCGUGGGAUCAAGCAAGCCAGCAAGCAGCAAGCAGCAAGCAGACAGACAGGCAGGCAGGCAAGCAUCUGACAGGGCGUUUUGGCAUGUGUAGCUGGCGACGGGGGCAGAUUAGGCUAGUUUGUUAUUGUUUCUUUCAUGUUAGUUUCUAGCUGUAUUUGUAGCGGAUAGGGCUCGGUGUACCGGCGUUAUCAGGGCCAUGACACGACGGCCGGGGGGUAGGGAUGAAUACUUAGGAGGGGC